ACAAGUACGCUACUCGUACUCACUGCAGUGGCUGUCACUGCCUGUCACUGCCUGUCACUGCCUGUCACUGCCUGACGGAGCACUGAAUGGCCCACUAUGGACACCCGUCUGCCAACCUUGCAGGCCUGCCCUGCCGAACCUACGAGCCUGCCCAGAGCACACGGCCCCACUCCCUCGCAGCUUCCUCCAGUGAUCCCCAGCCAACCCCGGCCAACCCCGGUCCAGCCUCGCUUUAACCUGCGCCUAUUCACACACCCACACCCACUCUCAGGGACCAGCCCCCCCUGCCACAUGGAUUUCAAGCAUCCCUUUUCUCCUGGCCUCUCCCUCCUCUUCUUUUCUUCUUGUUGAUCCCUUCUUCUAAAUACAUCUCAACCCCAUUCAACGACAACUUCUUCUCUGCCCGGCACGACCAUUCGUUUGACGUUGCCUUUCUAAUAUCAAUUCUAAUUGGAGCCCCUUUCACGAACGAUCUCUCACUCUCUCGAGACGUUCACCCAAUCCCAUUUUUUUAUUGAUUCCAACACAAACCACUCCGCAACUCUCCAAAACACCCCCAAAUACAAUCAUCUAUCAGAUUGGUAAUUUCAAAUCAUCACGAUGAAGACUUUCACUGCCAUGGCAGCGUUUGCUGCCGCCGUCCUCGCUACUCCUACGCCUACCGAGAACAACUUGAAGCCAAGAGCUACUCUUGAGGCCAUUACCGUCAAGGGAAAUGGUAAGCUAUCAUCAAAGGCAUCAUCACUUCCAACAGGAUUCGACAACUAACGUCAUAACAGCUUUCUUCCAAGGUACCAAGAGAUUCUACAUGCGUGGUGUGGAUUGGCAACCAGGCGGAUCGUCCAAGUUGGUCGACCCUCUCGCAGAUGAGACCACUUGCGCCCGUGAUAUCGCCAAGUUCAAGGAUUUGGGCCUCAACACCGUGCGUAUCUACACGGUUGAUAACUCCGUCAAUCACGAUGCUUGUAUGCAAAAACUUGCCGACGCUGGUAUCUACUUGGUUCUCGAUGUCAACACCCCAUUGUACUCGAUCAACCGAGCCACCCCAGCUCCUUCCUACAACGCUGUCUACCUCCAAAACAUCUUUGCCACCAUUGAUGCUUUUGCUGCUUACAGCAACGUUUUGGCUUUCUUCUCUGGUAACGAGGUGAUCAACGACGAUGUCACCACCAACUGUGCUCCAUACGUCAAGGCUGUUACCCGUGAUAUGAGACAAUACAUUGGAAGCCGUGGAUACCGUAAGAUCCCAUGCGGUUACUCUGCCGCUGAUGUCAACUCCAACCGUCUCGAGAUGGCCCAAUACAUGAAUUGUGGUACCGAUGAUGAGCGAAGUGAUUUCUUUGCUUUCAACGAUUACUCUUGGUGUGAUCCUUCUACCUUUACCACCUCCGGAUGGGAUCAAAAGGUCAAGAACUUCACUGGUUACGGUCUUCCUCUUUUGUAAGUCUUCUGACCUCUUUAAAUAUACCAACACCACUAACAUCUCAUCCCAGCUUGUCCGAGUUUGGUUGCAACACCAACAAGCGUGAAUGGAACGAGAUUGCUGCUCUUUUCAGCCGUGAGAUGACCGGAGUCUACUCUGGUGGUCUCGCCUACGAGUACUCUGAGGAGGGAAGCAAGUAUGGUCUUGUCAAGAUCGAGGGAGGCAGUGUUACCGACCUACCAGAAUUCGCCGCCUUGAAAGCCGCCUUGGCCAAAACUCCCAGCCCAACUGAUGACGGUGGAUACAAUGCUACUGGAGGAGCUUCCAACUGUCCAACCAAGUCUGCCAACUGGGACGUGGAGAACGACAACCUACCAGCUAUUCCAAGCGCUGCUGCUGAAUACAUGAAGACCGGUGCUGGAAAGGGUGUUGGUCUUACUGGAAAGGGAUCUCAAAACGCUGGUGGAACUUCUACUGGGACUGCUCAGCCAGGAUCUGGAUCUGUUACCGCUGUUGCCUCUGGAACUGCUAACGGUACCAAGAAGAGUGGCGCUCCUGGUCCAGUGGGUUCUCAGCCAUUCAUCGUUAGUGGUGUUGUGGUUGCGUUCACCAUCUUUGGUGCUGCCUUACUAUAA